AUGGCUCAUAACAUCGUUUCCAGAGUUGCCAAGGUUUUCAGGGUCGCUACACCGGACCUCUACACUCCACUCAAUACCGGCUCACAUGCUUUUCGCCUGCUGCACCUUCUGCCUGGAGCCUGGGAGGACGACAUUUCCGCGGAGCUGCACGAAUGCUCUAUGAUUGAAUGCCGAAACCGCUACAUCACCAUAUCCUACACAUGGGGCCAACCGAAUGAGGUCCCUAGAGUUCCUAUAGCGUGUAACGGAAAGACUGUGUUCAUCUUCGAAAAUCUCUGCGUUGCUCUCCGCAGAUUGCGACGGCCCAACCACGUGCUGCUGAUUUGGGUGGAUGCAUUGUGUAUCAACCAAGAUGAUACCUUGGAGCGGGCGCAUCAGGUUGGUCUCAUGGGAGAGAUAUACAGUAAUAGUCAAGAGACUGCUAUAUGGCUGGGCGAACCGGCGAGUAAUGAGCAUGACGGUCGCGACCUCUUAAAGGCGGAUGCAAAGCCAUCGCGAAUCAUUUGGAAUGGCGAUGAGAGAGAUAAAUCAUUAAGAGAUGCAUACUUCGCGGAUACUGAGCGUUCACAUCUAUUUGGAGUACCAGCAGUGGAUCGAUCCUGGACUGAGAACGGACCUGAUACAUUUGGGGCAUUGUGUCUGAUCCACAGCUUCGCCGAAGACGCGUCGCACGCUGCGCUCAACACUUUAGAUAAAGAAAAGGUUGCUGCUAUUCGACGAUACGGGUUUGGCAGUAUCUGGCAAGGCUUGGUACUUGCAAAAGCUCGUAAAACCGUGGGCAAUAUUAGAAGGGCAGGCUUGGUAUUACCUCUUGCGGGAGAUCUCGAAGCAGUGCUGAGCCGGAAACGCCUUCAAGAUAUUCCUUCUUGGGUCAUGGACUGGUCACUACCGUGUCUCCCAACUGAAAUUGAACGAGUUACAAGCUUACAUGCAUACGACGCUAGCGGCAGCCGCAAAGGAUCUGUGCGUUUCCAGCCAUCAAGUCAGCUCCUAGAGGUAGAAGCCAUCUGUAUCGACCAUGUCGUUACUGUUGGAGAUGUUAGCCGACAUACACAAAUCAACGACACAUACGCAGCUCUGCUUGGGUGGAGAUCUCUUACAAGGACUUUCGGAAAAACAAGCGAGCACUAUCCGUCUGGCGGGACCUACGAGGGUGCCUUUUGGCGAACACUGAUUACAGACCUGAUACACACCGCUGCUAUCGACCACACUCUCAAGACCGCUACGGCCUCUCGACGUUUCUUUUUUACAAGCAAUGGGUACAUGGGUAUGGGCCCAAAGACGACUAUGGCGGGUGAUCAGGUAUUCGUCUUGAAGGGUAGUAAGGCCCCUUUUAUGGUCAUACAAGAUCGAUCAGUAAUUGUUGAAGGCGAUAAUUGGAUAGCUCUAAUAUCUGGUGACGAUAGCGAAGAACACAUCUCUGCUACGACGAAGUUGAAAACUUCUUUUCGGUUGGUUGGCGAUUGUUUCGCUCACGAUUUGAUGGACGGCGAAGCGUUCGAGCAAGCUGAUGCUCAGAUCGAAAAGGUCUACCUGGCUUGA